GUGCUGCUAGGGCAUCCGAAUAUGGAUUCCACGUCUCAUUAAUUCACAACCGUCAGAUCAUUUAAUCCAACGGCUUCCACAAAACCCUAAUCUCCUAACUCACCUAUAAAAACCUCUCUUUCAACCUCACUUCUUCUAUUCUUCGUCUUCACCCCAUCUACUAGAGAAUUCGUCUGCAGAUAUUUGUUAAGGAUGGGUAAGGAAAAGAUUCAUAUCAGUAUUGUCGUCAUCGGACAUGUCGACUCUGGCAAGUCGACCACAACCGGUCACUUGAUCUACAAGCUUGGUGGUAUCGACAAGCGUGUGAUCGAAAGAUUCGAGAAGGAAGCUGCUGAGAUGAACAAGAGGUCUUUCAAAUACGCCUGGGUGCUUGACAAACUUAAGGCUGAGCGUGAAAGAGGUAUCACCAUCGAUAUCGCGUUGUGGAAGUUCGAGACCACCAAGUACUACUGCACAGUUAUUGAUGCCCCUGGACAUCGUGACUUUAUCAAGAACAUGAUUACUGGUACCUCACAGGCUGAUUGUGCUGUGUUGAUCAUUGAUUCCACCACUGGUGGUUUUGAAGCUGGUAUUUCAAAAGACGGACAGACCCGUGAGCACGCGCUUCUUGCUUUCACCCUUGGUGUCAAGCAAAUGAUUUGCUGCUGUAACAAGAUGGAUGCCACCACACCGAAGUACUCAAAGGCGAGGUACGAUGAAAUUGUUAAGGAAGUGUCUUCUUACUUGAAGAAGGUCGGAUACAACCCCGACAAAAUCCCAUUUGUUCCAAUCUCCGGAUUCGAAGGAGACAACAUGAUUGAGAGGUCAACCAACCUUGACUGGUACAAGGGCCCAACCCUUCUUGAAGCACUUGACCAGAUCAACGAGCCCAAGAGACCAUCAGACAAGCCUCUCCGUCUCCCACUUCAGGACGUGUACAAGAUCGGUGGUAUUGGAACUGUGCCGGUGGGACGUGUUGAGACUGGUGUCAUCAAGCCUGGUAUGGUUGUCACUUUCGGACCAUCUGGGUUGACCACUGAAGUCAAGUCUGUUGAGAUGCACCAUGAAGCUCUUCAAGAGGCUCUUCCUGGUGACAACGUUGGGUUCAAUGUUAAGAACGUUGCUGUCAAGGAUCUUAAGCGUGGGUAUGUUGCAUCGAACUCUAAGGAUGACCCUGCUAAGGGUGCUGCUAGCUUCACCUCACAAGUUAUCAUCAUGAACCACCCUGGUCAGAUCGGUAACGGUUAUGCACCAGUUCUUGAUUGCCACACCUCCCACAUUGCUGUCAAGUUCUCCGAGCUUUUGACCAAGAUCGACAGACGAUCUGGAAAGGAGCUUGAGAAGGAGCCUAAGUUCUUGAAGAACGGUGAUGCCGGUAUGGUUAAGAUGCUUCCCACCAAGCCUAUGGUUGUUGAGACUUUCGCUGAGUACCCACCACUCGGAAGGUUCGCUGUGAGAGACAUGCGUCAAACGGUUGCUGUUGGUGUGAUCAAGAGCGUUGACAAGAAGGACCCGACUGGAGCCAAGGUGACCAAGGCAGCAGCAAAGAAGGGAGCCAAGUGAGGUGGUUGUGUUUUGAUUAUUUUUAUUUUCUGUGUUUGAAUUACUAGUUUUGAACUGAGUUUUGCUAUUUGAUCCAUGAAGCUUUCAUUUUUUUGAAAGGUUUUUGGAUUGCAGACUUUUGUUGGUUAAAUUUUAUAGUUUGCUACAAUUGAGUUUGUAGUUGAUGGGUGAACAAAGCUUUUAAAUCUGUUAUUUUACUUAAUAUUUUUCUUUAUUUU